UGAGUGGGUCUGUGGUGAAAGAAAGUGGUGAGAGAAGGCGAUGGCGGCGUUCGUGCGCCCAAUGGACCGGACACGCUCCACUGAGGCAGCCAAUGACGUAAAUGCGCCUCCCCUCCCCCCGGCUGCGCCGCCCUUCUCUGACACCUGGCAAGCGCUGCUACUCUAUUUACUUGUCCCUCAACAAAUUCCCAGCCCUCUACAUCUUCUCACUCCAAUUCCCCACUUGUCUCUACCAAACUCUUCCUUUACACGUCGAUCGACACUACUCCUACCGCCCACCUAACCCAGACACACUACACAACCGCAACCAUGGGCAAGGCGAAGUACAUCAUGCUCGACUGCGACAACACGCUCGUCCAGUCUGAGCGUUUUGCGUUCGAGGCCUGCGCCGACCUCACCAACCAGGUCAUGGAGAGGCACAACAUCGAUGCCCGCUACACAGCCGAGUCAUUGCUCGAGGACUUCGUCGGCCACAACUUCCGCGGCAUGCUCAAGGGCCUGCAGGAGAAGCACAAGUUCAAGAUGCCCGACGACGAGAUGGAGGACUUUGUCGCACAAGAACUCGGCGCCGUCACUCUCAAGCUCAGCCAGAAGGCUGUCGAGUGCCCUGGCGUGACUGAGCAGCUCACCAAGCUCAAGGAGGAGGGCUACCCUAUGUCUGUUGUCUCUACUUCCGCCAAGAGCCGCGUCGUCGCUUCCAUCGAGAAGGCCGGCAUCGCCCACUUCUUCCCUCCUGAGCACGUCUACUCUGCUGCCACCUCACUCAACCCUCCCUCUUCCAAGCCCGACCCCAAGAUCUACCUAUACGCUGCCGAGCAACUAGGCGUCAAGCCUUCCGAGGCCAUCACCGUUGAGGACAGCAAGAGCGGUGCCACUGCUGCCAUGCGCGCCGGUAUCCCCUGCAUCGGCUACGUUGGCAUCUACGGCAUUGAGGAGGGCAAGGACAAGAUGGACCAGAUGGCUAAGCUUCUCACCGAGGAAACCAAGUGCGCUGCCAUCAUGUACGAUUGGAAGGACUUCCCAGAGUGCUUGAAGAAGGUCGAGGCCAAGUUGUAAGUCCUUACUUCGACACUUGUGUAGGCGCUGAGGAAGAUGAACAUUUGAUGAACUCGACCCGCCAUUGCGGGGGAGCUUACGAUUACAUUCACGACAUCAAUGAUUAAAUAGAUUCAGUAAUGAACAAUUUAGCGGACAUGGUCCCAUUCACAUUUACAUUCACAU